GGGUCUGUCCGCCCGCGGCUGCGUGCGCGGGGAGCGGCAGUGCGGCGGGCGCGGGCGGCGGGAUGUUCAGCUGGCUGGGCAAGCAGGGCGGCGGGCGGGAGCGCGGCGGCGGCACCGACGUGGUCCAGACGGUGACCGGGGGGCUGCGGGACCUCUACCUCCGUAAGCUGCUGCCGCUGGAGGAGCACUACCGCUUCCAUGAGUUCCACUCGCCCGCCCUGGAGGAGGCCGACUUCGAGAACAAGCCCAUGGUGCUGCUGGUGGGGCAGUACAGCACCGGCAAGACCACCUUCAUCCGAUACCUACUUGAACAAGACUUCCCAGGCAUGCGGAUUGGUCCAGAGCCUACAACAGAUUCUUUUAUUGCUGUGAUGUAUGGAGAUUCAGAAGGAAACAUUCCUGGGAAUGCUCUAGUUGUUGAUCCUAAGAAGCCAUUUCGCAAACUCAGCCGAUUUGGAAAUGCUUUCCUGAACAGGUUCAUGUGUUCUCAGUUACCUAACCAGGUGCUGAAGAGCAUCAGCAUCAUUGACAGCCCUGGCAUUCUCUCUGGAGAGAAGCAGCGCAUCAGCAGAGGCUAUGACUUCUGCCAAGUUCUCCAGUGGUUUGCUGAGAGAGUCGACCGCAUCAUCCUCCUUUUUGAUGCCCAUAAACUGGAUAUAUCUGAUGAGUUUUCAGAGGCUAUUAAGUCGUUCCGGGGCCAGGAUGACAAGAUUCGAGUGGUGCUUAAUAAGGCUGACCAAGUGGACACACAGCAGCUGAUGAGGGUCUACGGUGCACUCAUGUGGUCCCUGGGAAAGGUGAUCAACACUCCAGAAGUGCUGCGGGUCUACAUUGGCUCCUUUUGGGCCCAUCCUCUCCGAAACACAGAGAAUCGAAGACUCUUUGAAGCCGAAGCACAGGAUCUUUUCAAGGAUAUCCAGAGUCUCCCACAGAAGGCAGCUGUGCGGAAACUCAAUGAUCUCAUUAAGAGAGCAAGACUUGCAAAGGUUCAUGCUUAUAUCAUCAGCUAUCUGAAGAAAGAAAUGCCCUCUGUAUUUGGAAAAGAGAACAAGAAGAAGGAACUGAUCAACAAAUUACCAGAGAUCUAUAUCCAGCUGCAAAGGGAAUACCAUAUCUCAGCAGGCGACUUCCCUGAAGUCAAGAAAAUGCAGGAGCUGUUGGAGAAUUGUGACUUCACUAAAUUUCAUUCUUUGAAACCAAAGCUAAUUGAAGCUGUGGAUAACAUGCUGGCCAAUAAAAUCGCCUCCCUGAUGAGCCUGAUCAGACAGGAAGAGAGCAAUAUGCCCACAGAGAUGGUACAUGGUGGAGCAUUUGAUGGCACCAUGGCAGGACCUUUUGGCCAUGGAUAUGGAGAAGGUGCUAAGGAAGGAGCUGAUGAAGAUGAAUGGGUUGUUGCCAAAGAUAAGCCUGCCUAUGAUGAGAUUUUCUACACUCUGUCACCAAUCAAUGGCAAAAUAUCUGGGAUUAGUGCAAAGAAGGAGAUGGUGACUUCUAAACUACCCAACAGUGUCUUGGGGAAGAUCUGGAAACUUGCAGACUGUGAUGGUGAUGGGAUGCUGGAUGAUGAGGAGUUUGCAUUAGCAAAACAUCUCAUCAAGAUUAAAUUGGAUGGGUAUGAACUGCCUGGCACACUACCUUCCCACCUGGUGCCACCAUCUCACAGGAAACCUCUCCAGACAGCAGAGUGAAGAUCUGGGAAAUUUUUCAACAAAUAUGUUGAAACUGUUGAAAUUUGAAAAUAGGCUUAGAUCUGUAAACCUCACAGCACAUUUCAUGCAAGUUGCUGAAAUUAGAAGCAUGAUAGCAGGGAAACAUUCAUGUAGCUGACCCUGCUGACCCUCACUCAGACAUGCUUGUAACAAGUGCCUUGUAUAGAUAGAUGUAUCCUAAGGUGAACAUGUGUUUGUAGUCCUGCUUCCAUGUCUUGCUGCCUUUGCAACCAUAAAGCACAAAAGACCAUGAACAAAAAUCACUGAUCUUCACCAAACCUAAAUACUUGUAAGUUUCUCCAAACUAUUUUUAAAUAGCAAAAGGAAGCUCUAAAUGUUAAAUUCACCUGCCUAUGCAAGGACCAUUUUCUGUGCUAAAAACAUACUACGCAUUGAGUGAACGUCAGCAUCUCUGUAGUCUAAGAAAAGGCUGAUUAUAAAAGGAAUUUUUUUUUUGGUGUUGUUUUUUAUUAUUUAAUAGGAGGUUAGAAAAAUAGAGAAGGGCAAUGGAGAGAGUCUUUUAAGCACUCAGAAUAUUAGCAGGCUUGUUUUAAAACCUCACUGAUUACAGCUAGAACUGCAAAAUAUUUAAAUUAUUCUUUCAAUCAGUCAUAACUGUGUCUUAUCUGAAGAACUGUUUCUUCAGUUUUAUACAGCACUACAUACUCAGUGUUACCCUUAGAAGAGCUGUAUCUCCUUUGAUCCUUGGAUUUGGAGUUAGGAGGUUUCAGUUUAGUUGAUCUGCAGACAAUAAAUUCCUGAAUUGUUCAAAGUGACAGCAAAAUGUUUUCAUAAGCUAAAAAAAAAAAAAAAGUCAUGUUUCCAUUGAAAUUAAGUCUCACUUUCUGUUCAAAAAAGGUGUAUUGCUUAAAGUCAGCCUCUUCAAACACAUCAGAUUGUCUUGGAAAAUUUUCAUUAGUUUUUCAUUUCUAUUUACAGGUAAUUACACAGUUACCUCUGUGUAUUUUUUGAAUAUAUAGUAUUUUAAGAAAAGUUUAAACUCUUUCCAACAUGUAGCUGACAACUACAAAAGAAAGGUUAAAUUCCUAUGGUGGCAGAUUUAAAAUAUGGGGAGACUAACAGGAAUCUUUACAUUGACUAAUAAAUCAUAAACUGAUCCCUCCAGAUAGUAUUCCUUUAUUGAAAACAAUUCAUGAAAGGAAUGGGUGCUUAAUAAAAAAAAUUGUUUUUCUAACAACACAAAGUUGAACAUACCUGCUGCUUACAACUGAUUUUUAUCAGUACCUUAACACAAAUUUUUGGCCCUGUGAACUUGAAUCUUUCAGGGAGGGCCAGGUUUUUCUUUAAUCUAAAAUCAAAAUUGACAGUUUUGCACUGUGCAUGUGAGCAGGAAUUGACUUGUAUACCAUUUGUAGUAUGAAAUACCCUACACAUCAAAGGUACUGUAGUUUUGAGCACUUUUUCUUUGAGUCUCAGUAAGUGGUAGCAGUAGUGUCUUCUGAGGCAGAGCAAGCCAAAAAGUGUUUUAGCAUCCUUGCAGUAGGAGUAGGAAAGGAAGUGGUUUGGGUAUUGUCUCCCAGUUAAGAUUUUAGCCCCAUGUUACAUUUUAGUUACAUGUUCAGAUUUGUACAUGACAUAAGUAGAGCCUCAGCUUCUCUUUUCAAAUAGUACAUUUUUACAUUGUCAGUGAGGUUUAAUACUUCAGAUCUUUCUGGACCACUUACCUUUCUGUAUCUGUUCUAUUCUGAUGUGAAAUUGCAAUGAACUUUGCCAGGGCUUUACCAUGGGAAAACAAUGAAGCUAUUUUAAGGAAUGGCAGAAGAACACCUUUACCUUGCCAGGCUUCUGGACCUGUAUAAAGAAUGUCCUGGCGUAGUUAAAUUGUUCUUGAGGACUUGCUUGCUAUUUUUUAAUUCUUAGGUUUUUCUCUUAUUCAAGCAUACCAACUUUAUUUCUGUUAGACUUAAAUGAGGAGCCAAAUUAGCCUUUGUGCAUCUCUGUGCACUUCAGUAGAGCUGUGAAACUUGACCGUGAGUCAAGUGUGUGACUGUAUAUCUGCAGAGUAACUGAUUUUCUGUGUAAUUGUUUUUGAUUGAACGAAAAGUAAUCUAUAGACAUUGCAGAAGUUGUUUACUACUUUUGCAGCCUGUUUUUUUUAAAGUAUGCUUGUGUGUGCAUAAUGUCUGCAGUCAGUAAUGAAUUUGUAUACUAAGGACCAGCUUGACUAGCUUAGUAAGGAAAGCCACCAGGAUAAAGAUAGCAAGCUUUUGUAUUGUGACUACUGUGGUGUGAGCAAAGCUGAGAGGAUCUGGAAGUUGCUGAUCUUCUGACUAUCUGCCUUACCUUGCUCUUUCACAGCACAGGCUUCCAGGAGUGGACCAAUGUUUUGACUUUCCACUGUGUGUAGCUUCCAGAGGUGAUGCUCCAGAUGCAUUGCAGCCAUGUGAUCCCAUGCCCGUAGAAAUAUCCUCCUUCAGUGAGAGGAGCAGGAUACUUUCUCAGUUAUUUUUAUUUCUUUUUCUAGUUUUACUGAUAGUAAAAUGGAGAACACAGCCUUUUCUUCAGUCUCCGUGCCAGUAUGCUAACCUGGGCUUAGGGGAGACGAAUUGAAAUGCGUCAUCUUGAUAAGUCAUAGAAUCAUAGAACUAUUCAGGUUGGAAAAAACCCAUUGGGAUCACUGAGUCCAACCAUCAAAACAUGUUGUCUAGUUGGAGUUGAAAUGAUUGGCUUUUUCAGAAGAGGAAUGCACAAAGCAUGUAUAGGAGUAGAGGUGGGUUUUCUGUGUUUAUCUGGAGGAACAGAAGUGUUUCAGGAUCAGCAUGCAGAGCUACAUGCAGAAAUGUAUUUCUAGAUAUGUGGUGCAGUAGCAUCACACUGAGUUGAUAGGAAUAAAGUACAUGUCAUGUGGACUUCAAACAGCAGUUUCUUGCAUAGCUGAACUGGUAUAGUAGAUUUCUGUUGCUCAGAGGAAGGGAUCUCUUUUCUCACUACCUCCUCGCAGACCUGUGGGCCUACUCCAUUUGCUGUGCUGGGUCUGGCUUCUCAGAUCCUGCAAAGCCAUUCAGUUAAACCAGCCACAUCCAACAGUUUGGCUAGUUUUCUGUGGAGUUAGUGAAUCCAUGUGUUAAGAUAACGAGAAAGCGGCAGAAUUGCCUUCUCACAUGAAACUGUGCUUUACAUAGUUUUGGGGGACAGCAGUGUGAGGUAAACUUUAUUGAUACUAAUAUCUACUGAAGAAAGACCAAGAUGUUGGAUUUAUUGGCCUUUUUAUGCCUAGGGUUUUGAUUACAUUUUUUGCGAGACCAUUAAAAACUGCCAAUGUCAUUCUGUGAAAUCAGUGCCCACUAGUGUAGUCUGCUGCCAUAAACCAGUAGUAGACUGCUACUUUUACUUCUCCAACUAUUCUGCAUCACACUUUUAACUCCCAACCCUAAUUCUAGUCCUACAGAAAUAAAUUAGAAUUUUGUUGUAGAUUGGAAAAGAAUGUGGAGCUACCACUCAUAAACACACUACAGGACAGCAGGAACCUUUGAAAGCUGUGCCAGAUUGAAAAUGGUGAGUUUGCAAAGAUUUUUACAUCAGAGACAGGUCCCAGUUGUUAGUUGGGUAUGGUAUGGAUUUGUGUGGAACCUGGUCUCAAAGCAACAGUAUCUGGUCCCUGACUUUUCAGCAGCAUCAUUCAUCCCCAGUACUUGAAAUGUGCCCUCUUUUCCUUCUUGCUUCCCUUCACAACGUACACUCACUUUGUUGACUCUUCAUACUGUUGGAAUUCAAGCAGAGUUUGAAGUGUAUGGUUUGAUGAGUAUGUAUAAUUUAGCACCGAGAGAAUGAACAUAAACUUUGUUUUCUAUUUCACACACUCACCUUUUCUAAUAAUUUUUGCUAAAUACUGUAUUUUUACUUCAAAUGCACUCUUGAGGAAAGGCUUGAUCUGUGCAGUGUGCUUCAGUUUGUCUAACUAGGCAAACAAAGUUUAAGUUCAUUAUUGUUGCACUUUUAUUACACAAUAAAUUCCUUGCACAUACUGUAAGAUAUUUUAAUAUGCUUUGUAAUCAUUUCUAGAAAGUGGUGAUAAAAAUUGCUGAUUUAAUAAACUAAUAUUGAACUA